AUGUCACCCCUGCGUAAGAUAGCACUUUUCACUAUAGCAUCUUCGUCUCCAGAUGAGGAAGCGAUUGGGAGAGAUGGCGAGCACGGUGGACGCGGUCGGAGAGCCGAUCCCGACGUCGGCGGUGCUGAUGGCGGCGUCGAAGCACAUAGCGACGAGAUGCAGAAGGACGAUCCUAACCCUGAGAAAUGCCUCGACAAAGGCCACCAAGUCACUCGCUGUGUUCUUCGCCUAUGGAUCUUGUUGCUGACGCUGCUGCACAAAAUUGAAGUCAUUGGUUAUAGAGAAAAGAUUACUCAUUAAUCUUACAUUAUACCUCCUUUGGGUAUUGACAGCUGGGCUUUUGCGGGAGUCAUUAAGGCUGAAAGAUCUUCAUCAAAGGUGCACAAAAGAGAUGGAUGCUUAUGCCGCCUGUCUGUACGACCAUACGAAUGAAUUUGAGUUAUGCCGUAAAGAGCAGAAAGAGUUUGAGAAAGCAUGCCCAUUGGAAUGAGUGGAAUGACACCUUCAGUCACAUUCUCCAUAAUUUAGGUCGGUCUGCUAUUAGCAGAACUUCUUGUUGAGUUCACUUAUGAUGCAAUUGGUUGUGGGUGUGGAUGCCUCUUCCCAAUCAUAAUUUCAACAUACCUUGGUGCAAUGAUUGUGUUAUGUGCAUAUUUUUACUAUAUUUUUUCUGUAAUCUAAGAGUUGGCUAUUGAAAAAUUAUUAAUGAGUGAGUUGGUGAUAGAAUAUUUUGUGGAUAGUUUUCUAAGUGGUUACUAGAUAGUGGAGUUAUGGAUUAUGUUAGUUAUUAAAGUAGUUUUUAUCAUCUUAAAU